AUGCCAACCACCCCAUUCGAACCCCCGAUCGACAACACGACCUCCUCAACACCGUCCGACCCAACCUUCCGCACCUACAACCCAGCCGCAGCCCAAACCUACCUAACCCACCGCCCAACCUACCCCGCCCGCCUCCUCACGUACAUCCUCACCCACCACACCGCAACAUCCAGCCCCUUAACCCCCAACCCUCUCACUACCCUCGUCGACAUCGGCUGCGGCCCCGGCACCGCCACGCACCAGCUCGCCCCCACCUUCCAGCGCGCCUACGGCCUAGACCCAGGCGCGAGCAUGAUCGCCGUUGCGCGCGCAGCACCCCCACAGCAGGCCGACACGCACACGGCGCCGCCGCCACGCGCCAAAUCCGGCGCUGCGGUCGUCUUCGCGGUCAGCUCGGCCGAGGAGCUGGACGAGACGUUGACGCAGCCGCAGCCGCCCCUGGAUGUGCGCGCGGGCAGCGUGGAUCUGAUCACGGCGGCGACGGCGGCGCACUGGUUCGACAUGCGGCGCUUCUAUUCGGCGGCGGCGCGGAUGCUGCGGCCGGGUGGUACGCUGGCGAUGUGGUGCACGGGGGGCUGGUACUGCGAUGUGCGGCGGACGCCGAAUGGGGAGCGGUGUAGGGAGGUGAUGCAUCGGUUUGAGAGGGAGACGAUGCGGCCGUGGGCGCAGGAGGGCAAUCGGGUGUGUAGUGGGUUGUAUGAGGAGUUGGGCUUGCCGUGGGAGGUGGGUGUGGGCGAGGAGUGGGAGAGGAACGGGUAUGUGUGGAGGACGUGGAAUCGGGAGGGCGAGAUCGAGCAGGGAGGUGACGGGGACGGAUGGCUGAUGCCUAGGGACGUGAGCUGGGAGGAGGCGAGGGCGAUGCUGGGGACUGCGAGUGUGGUGAGUCGUUGGAGGGAGCAGCAUGGGGAGUCGGCGGAGGAUGGGAGGAUUAAGGAUUGCGUGGACGCGUUUCUCGAUGAGCUGCGGGAUGUGAUGCGGGCGGGUGGCGGAGAGGUCCCACAGGUCAUCAAAGGAGGGCUGUCGGUUGGGCUGGUGUUGCUCAAGAAGAAGGCAAGAUAA